CCUCUCUGCAUAAAGGGAUUUGGUCUGCUUCUGAAAGCCUGAGACAGGAAUGCCCAGCUGGUUUCCAGUCGUAUCUAGUGACCAGGGCACGGUGCAAGCCCUGCGGGUGGGAGCAGAUCGUUCUCUUGGCCUCACUGCUGUGCCGCGAAAGAAAGUGUGAGCGCAGAGGGAGAACAUCCAUAAACAGCCAGCCAGCCAGUUGCGGGAGGCGGUGGAGUGGAACCCCAGCCAUGCUCUUGCUGCCUCCCACCUUCUGUGGGGCGGGGGGUGCUGUGACGCACAGCGAAGGAGAGAAGAAGUUUGAGUGCCGGGCAGGGCCAGCUGCCGAAGAGUCGGGUGUCCCUGCUCCCGGGAGGGCCUGGAGAGCAACGCAGCCAUGCAGACAGUGCAAGGUGAGAAAUGAGGACACCAAAUAUAAGAAUUAGCAGAAGUUCUAAAACUACAGAUCCUGAGUCGCGGCAAGGCAAACUACAGCCACUUGUAAUCCUCUAACAGAGAGAAAAGAAAUUACACUUUGCAGCAGCACCCAGCCUGUGAGGAGAUCUAUUUGAAAGGGGCUACCUCCACACCUCCAGAAAGAAGCACUUCUCGGUGGUUACAAGUUGCCUGGCAGUCUCCUUGCGUGGGAAGACCAUGCAGGGCAACAAGAAGGGCACCGAUGGCUUCAGUGACUCCUCGAGCAUUGGGAGCUUGCUGGACGAUGCGGACCGAGAGGUGAGCAGCCUCACAGACCGUGCCUUCCGCAGCCUGUGCAUCUCGGAGGAUACGCACUUCAGUGAGUCCCCAGAUCUCACCUGCCAAGUGCUUGGGGGCCUCCACCAGGGCACUGUGAGCCACACCCAGAGAAAAAGCGGCAUCUGGAACCAGCUACCCUCUCAGGGCGCAGAGCACACUGGCUGGGCAGCCACGUUACAGCAGUUACCCAAAUAUGUGCAAGGAGAGGAGAAGUACCCCAAAGGAAGCCCCCCACCAACACCAGCCCAGAGGAAGCUGGAGGUACCAGUUUCUGGCCUGAGGAGCAGCAGUAAGCCCCUGUCCAAAGUAUCGUCCUUAAUUAAAUCCUUUGACAGGCCAGAGAGCCAGUAUGGUGACAUCAGGCCUUCCUCGAGCAAGCCGCCCACUUUGAAAACCACCCCCAAAUUUGCUCCUCUUCCAGAAAGUGGUGUCCAUUUCUGCUUUGAUUCAGCUUUUCUGACUGUCCGGAGGGUGCCCGCUGAAGUCUCCAGCACUCACCAGAGCAGCCAUCAGGCUGGCAGGAUGCACAGGGAACAGGAGUCCCCAAAGAACUCUCCAGCAGUUUGUCACAGCUCCAGCAACUUCCUUCCAGCCCCCAGUGAUGGCCCUGGCUCCUUUGAGUCCAAAUUUCUCUCCCCAGCCCAAAAGCCAGCCAAAGUGGAGCCCACCAGAGGCAACGAGUGGGCUCACAAAGGAACUUUCCUUCACAGUGAAAACAGUGCUUUCGAGUCCUGGAAUGCCAUCCAACCACGCGUGCUAAAGACAAAUGAACUGGCCAAGGCCAUCCCAGAAAGCAAAGGGCCCAAAUAUUACCAGACUGUUCCUCUGCUAAGAGAAUCCCACCUACCUGAGAGCAAAGUCUCUCCCAGUCAAGUUCAGACUGGCUGCAAUCAGGAAGAGAGGGUUCUCACCAUAUCCAGACCCUGGAGUUCAAGGGACCCUGGAGCCCAAGUAUCCACCGUGGAGGAAAAAGCUUCUAACUCCCAAUCUGAUCUGCAGAGAAAGCCAACCCAACCCCCAUGGAGGAAAACAAAAACUCACAAGGGAGGUAAAGAAAGCCUAGACGAUGCUUCAGAAGAAAAAAAGCAGCCCGACAAAAGGACCUCUCCUUUGUAUGUCAACCAGAAUCCCCAAGGGCAAUUUCCUGAAGACAAAGCUCCUGAACUGCCAGUGGACCCCAGAGAGCAUUAUACUCCUCCUUUUAACAUCAGUAAGCUUUUGACACCCAUCAUCCCCACCAAGCAUGUCCUGGACUCAUUGAACAGCCAGUCAACGGAGAUCCCAUCACCCCAAGGACAGUCCAAUGGGUACCAGGAGAAAGAACCAGAUGAGGGACAGUCCUGGGAUAGUUACAAAUCUAAAGCCCCUAGCCUGCUGUUUAAUCUCAAGGAUGUUCGCAAGCAUGUGAAAAGCACGUACAGUCCCAACCGUCUCUUGAAAGGUGUUGAUGUGAAAGAUGUUGAUGAGAAAGUCAGUGAUAAGGUCAAUGGCAAGCAAGAGAUUGUUACUAAUGGAGUAAUCUUUCCUAAUAGGCUUGUGGACAGUCCUACAGGUCAGUUUUCUAAAGAAAGAACAUCAGAUGUUCUUACUGCACCAUACGUCAGCACCCAAAAGGACCUGAGAGCCAAUGCCAAUGCGUCAUCUGCAGACAACUACCCAACUCCUAGCUCACCUCCAACUACUGUCAAAGCCUCAUUUUGUGUCAAUGGGGAGGCUACAGAGACACACGGCUGUGAGAACAAUGCCAACGGAGAGGCGAAUCUGAACCUCACGAGGCAAGGUAGGGGUCCCGACUCCAGCCAGCACAGCCUCAGAAAGCAUCUCUUUCUGAAGUUCUCCAGCCAAGAGCCUGAGACUGCAAAACGUGCUGAGAUGCUGCAGGCCCACCAAGUGCAAAACGGGUUCUCGAGAUCAGACUCACAACCCAAAGAGCCUGAUCAAGAGGCCAACCUGCAGAGCCCAACCUCUCAACAGAGGCCCUCCCCAGGACCCCUUUCUCCUGAGGAGGAAGAUGUAUUUUAUAGUGACAGCCAGUCUGAUUUUAUGCCAAGUCUCCAAAGCAAGGCUAAAUUCAGCACCAGUUCUUCGGAUCAAUCCUUUGCCUCCUUCGAGGACCAGCAGAAGAUAUGGUGUAUCAACAGCCCCCAGACAGACAAGAAGAACCAUGUGGGUGCAGGUGAAAGUCAGAGGAAUGAGGAGAGUGUCAGAGAGAGAGACAGGCAACUGUGCUCUGACUUAAAUAAUGGGAAUAUGUGCACGGAUGACAUCAGCCAAGGAGCAGGGUUGCAAAGUGGGGAUGGAAGUGUUUCUGGAGGGACGCCAAGGAAGGCAUCAAUAGAAGAAGCGAGCUUACGAGACUCUUGGGUUGGGAAAAGUCAGGCCCCUCCACAGGCUGCAGACUUUACAGUGGCACCAUGUUCCACUUCGAACAAGCACAUACUAUUUGCACUUAAAGACAACACCCUCAGGGCCACCCCCAUAAUCAAGCCCAUCAUGCUGCCCCUCCUGAGGACCUUGUCCUUAGAGGAUUCAUCCAGUAGUGGCCACAAAGAAAGGGAAUCACCAAGGCUAACUGAGGAGAGCCAGGAAAUUCCCAGCACCCCAGCACUUACCCACCCAGUGCCUGCUAAUACACAGGACAUGCACUGGAGGCCGACAGUCCACCAGGACCCAGAAGACCACCAACCAACACCAGGCAUGGCCAAGUCAGAGACCUCCCAUCCAUCUGAAAAAGGGGAUCUCCCACAUCCUCCGUUGCUCCCUAAAGUGGUGGUGGGGGGAAGCAGAAGAAGCUCCACAGACCAGGUGAGACCGAAUGCUCUCAAAUUCAUGUCCAAGAUUGAUUUUGCCGAAGAUGACACAGAAGGAAAGUCACCUCCAGACCUGCAGGGAAUGUGUUGGGAAGUGCAGAUGCAAGAUUUCAAGAAUAAUGUAUUAUCGACACCUAGAGCUGGGGCCCUAGGGAAAAGUCUGGUGUCCAGUGAGAUGGUGGCUUCACCCAACCCCAGCUCUCUGGAGGGGACGAGUGUGUGCUCUCUCACUGCCAGCAGUAUACGGGAUGAUGCCUCCCAGACUCCCAGUGAGUUGGGCUUGCCACCUCAAGAGCGGCCUCCCCAAGGCAGCCGUCGGGCCAGUCCCAGUCCUAUUCCUGUCACCCAGAAGGAAGACCAGCCGCACACCCUGUUGUUGGAGGACACCUGUGACUCCCAACUUGAUACGACACGAGAUCUCAGGCCUUUCUCUCUCAGAGACUCCCUUGUAGACACAGUUUCUAAUUCGGCAGACCUUCCAGAGAGAUCCGAGCCACCUGGGCAGCUGGAGAGGUCACUAGGCAAGCCACCUGCAGUCCCACCCAAAACUGAGAAGGCCCUGCGGCGGGCAAAGAAACUGGCCAACAAGAGGCGAAAGAUAGACCAGGGGCAGGGAAGGCCUGGUGAGUUCUGGGAAGAAAGACCUCGGGUGGAGAACUCAAAGAGGGCUGAGUGGAGGCCGCCAUCCCCUGAAGAGACAGCCAGACAAACUAGUUUCCCUUCAGUCCGGUCCCUGCCCUCUCCCAUGCAUCGCCACUCUGCGUCCAGCUUCUCAGAACACAACAGGAGGAGGACCAGGGAGCUUCAGUUGGCCAAGCCCUUGCUUCCAUACCCUGCCACACAUAAGGUCCUCCAAGACCCCCAGUCUGGGGAGUACUUUGUCUUUGACUUGCCACUCCAGGUGAAAAUCAAGACCUUUUAUGACCCUGAGACAGACCAGUAUUUCAAGGUCCCCAUCCCAUCCUCAACAGGGGACUGCCCAGAGGCACCUCUGGCAGAUGGACUGACUGAUCCUCAUCUGCUGUUUCCUGGCCUCCAGCCCCUGCCUGUGACUCCCUUAGCACCCCUGCGGUGUUCCUCCCAGCUCUCCACUCCCACCUUCCUGGAGGAAAGUCCUUCCAGAACCACCAAGGUGGCCACUGUGGGCCAUCAGGGCCCCCAUAAGGCUGGACGACAGUGUGUCCCUCAGGUUUCCAGGGAUUCCACCCAGAACAUGCCUGGUCAAUGCCCUGAGCAGCCUCUCCAGAACUCAGAAGAGGAGGGCAGAGAUGCUCCAAACCUGGAGCUCAUCACCAUCAAUGACUUAGAAGAUUUUGCCACGGAAGGCAUUUCUUGAAAAUCAAGGCAGACUAAUCUUCCCCCCAAAUAAGUCCAGUAAAGCUUAUUCCCCACCCACCACCCACCAGCUAUCUCUCUCUCUCUCUCUAUCUCUCUCUCUCUCUCUGACACCCACAUGCAUACACCCUCACACAAGCAGAACUAUGUACACACACACACACACACAUAGAUAAGCCCACAUACUUAGCCAUUUGAAAUCCUCAAAGUCCAAAAGAACAUGGGAAACUCUGAGGAAGUCCCAUAUGAAGGGUUCUCCUUAGAGAGCAGGUUUUCUGUGGGGGUAUUGUCGCCAUGAACUCUUCCUCGGUGCUCCUUCUCAAGCCCCUCCCCCUCUCCAUCGUCCUGCCCUUUUCUUGCCUGUCUGCUGACCACUGCGUCUUGAAGGAGAGUCUGACAUACGUUUACUCUGGUCCAGUGCUUCCCAGAUCAGGGCUCGCAGUGUGUACAGCUUCUGAGUUGCUCAGAAAUGGCUUCUUGUAGAAAGACCCCUGCAGACAAACAUGCUACUGUGAGACAGAGUUCAUACCAGGGACACCCCGCACAGAACCACUGCAGAAACAGCAUGACUCCAUCUAACCCAGAACCACCACUAUCCAGUGUUCGCUGACUCUCAGGCAAAAUUGGCGUAAGAUGAACUUAACCAACGGUAAUGGAACACCUUACUGAAAUGUGUAUUUGAACAGGAUGGGUUUUCUUUACAAGAUGAACUUUCGUCUGAAGGCUGUUUCCUGAUAAAGAAAAGACUACCUUAAGAAAAUGAAACCAUUUGUCUGCAUGACUCUAUUCCCAAUCCUGUCUUUCUGCUAUCGGCCCAGCAGGCCUGUCCAGCUGGUGGUUUAAGGUUCACACAGACCCCAAGCCUAUGUCCCUGCUGGCUGCUGUCUUCAUAUUUGAGUCUUCCAUUGAAUGUGAGGCCAAAUAUGGCUCCCUCCCAGCCCAGGAUAUCCUUGUUCCUUCACCCUGCUGAUGCCUGCCUUCCCUGCUAGGGUCAGGCACAGGAAGGUGGCGACACCCAGACCGGCCUCCUGACCACCCAAGGGGAAGAGGUUUGUCUGGAAAUUCCCUAUUCACAGAAGAGAACUAUCCCUAAAUGGUAACAUGUACCAGUGCCCUAGUCUCAAAACACAAACAAACAAGAAAAGCCUGCCAUUUUCCCAGAGCCCCUGGUGCUUGGAAUUUGGAGGAAAGUAUCUGAAAAGUCAAAGUAGCAGAAUGCCUUUGAGAACAGUCUGUGUCUGUACGCAUGUGUCCUCCGUGGGAAACUGGACUGGAAGAAUAGAAGUAAGGUCAUUGUUCUGUCUCCUAAGUAAGCACCUUUCCCCAGCAGCUAAGGGGAAAGUGCUGUCCCAGGUUACUAAGCAAACUACCUGGCCCUUGCUCUAUUUGCAAGUUAACCGUGGCUCCAACUGAAAUGUUGAAUGUUUACAUCCAACCAGAGACUCCUCCAGAGAAAGACCUAGCAAGCUACUUCUUAAAUAAAUAAAUAAUACCGUC